AUGACAGUAGAUAAUUUGGCAGUCGCAAUUCAUGGAUUCAUGCAAAAUGAACGGCGAUUUGAAGAAGCUGGAAUAUUUUAUGAGUUGCGUAUCAUUCGUGAUCUUUUAACAUUAGGCCUUGAUACAUCGCCUGUGUUAAAACGGGUUAAAAAGAUUGUUUCGAAAAAGUUCAUUGAUUGUUCUGAUGCAUUAAUUAAUAUUUUUGAUCCGGAUGAUGCGGGUUAUUUCAAAUAUUUGAUGAGUCUUGACCCUAAAGAUUGGAAAAAUCAAGAUCAUUAUAAAGUACUUGGUUUAUCGAAGUUACGUUGGAGAGCAAGUGAAGCCCAUAUUCGUUCAGCUUAUAGACUUAAAGUAUUGAAAUAUCAUCCGGAUAAACGGAAAUCUUCAAAACAUGCUUGUAAUUUUAAUAGAGAGGAUUAUUUUAUAUGCAUUACAAAAGCCUAUGAACAACUUGGUGUAUCAAUUCAAAAACGGCGUGCAUAUGAUUCAGUCGAUCCAGAAUUUGAUGACUCCGUACCAGAUGUGAAAACAAUCAAUGAUUCCAAUUUCUUCAGUAUUCUUGUCCCUGUAUUCCAGAGAAAUGCCAGGUGGUCAAAAUUGCAGCCAGUUCCCCAGUUGGGGAACACAAAUAGUUCCCGCGAAGAAGUAGAAAAAUUUUAUUCUUUUUGGUUCGAAUGGUCUUCUUGGAGAGAAUAUUCAUAUCUAGAUGAAGAGGAUAAAGAAACAGGUCAAGAUCGUUGGGAAAAACGCGAAAUUGAAAAAUCAAACAAGGCAAAGCGAGAAGCAAGGCGAAAAAAUGAGUUAAAACGAAUUCGAAAUCUUGUUGAAAUGUCUUAUAAGAAAGAUCCUCGCAUCGCUACUUUCAAGGAAUCAGAUAAGAAAUGGAGAGAAGAAGAAAAAAAAGAGAAGCAUAGGUUAAAGAUGGAAAAAAAGUUCGAAGAAGAAAAGGCUAAAUUGCAGAUCCAAGCAGAAAAAAAAAAGAAAUUUGAGGAAGAAAAAAAAAUCAAGGAACGAAUGAGGAAAGAAUUAAAUGAUGCGCGCAAAGCCUUGCGAACUUUUGCAAAGGUUUUAGAUCUCUUUACAUCAAUAUUUCCUAAACUGUUUUCUAAAAGUUUAUCCUUAAUUUUAUUUAUAUCCCUUAAGAUUUUAUUUGUAACUUUCUUUUACCGGAGCCUUACAAAACAGGAUUUUCGUGCUAUUGAAAAAAUGGUCUAUACCAAUAAGACGAGCAUAAGAACAAUUAAGGGACAAGAGGAAAAGGUAACUAAAUCGACACACUGGACUUCCGACGAAAUUAAUCUCGUGGUUAAGGCAUCAAAUCUGUUUCCUGCAGGCACACUGAACAGAUGGUCUGAAAUAACAGCAUACGUCAAUGAGCAUCGCAAAGACAAGAGUGGUGAACCAAGGACCGAAAAAGAAAUAAUAACACAAGUUGGAACUUUAAUUCAUACUUUUAUUCUUAAAUUACCAAAAUUUAGCGGUCAUACCACAGGACCAUCUUCAUUUGAAAGAGACUGGACUGCAGAAGAACAAAAAGCAUUAGAGAAUGCUUUGAAAGCUUACUCAUCAUCUGAUCCGGGAAGGUGGGAUAAAAUUGCAUCUUCCGUUGGUCGUACAAAAAAAGACUGUGUUAAAAGGUUCAAAUAUCUAGCUGAAAGGGUCAAAGCAAAAAAAGCUCAAUCGUAA